AUGUCUCAGUCGGUCUUUGAUGGCGUGCACUACUACAUCUCGCAGACGCUUCCGCCCAGCCAACGCGACCAGCUGAACGACGUCCUCAACGCCAGGGGGGCCAAGCCCGUUCCCUCCCCGUCCGACCCCAAGCUCACCCACUUCAUCACAUCCUCCAUCGCUCUUGAAGACUUUGUCGAAUCUCUUCCGGAAGACUCUCCGGCCCAUAUGGUCACCCCACGCUGGGUCGAACGCUCGGCCGUCCUCGCGUCCUUGCAGGACACUGAGUACUACUCCGCCGACCCUGCCUACCUCUUUUCUGGCGUUACUGCUGCCGCGACAGACCUAUCGCAAGCCGACUGUGAACUCAUGUCUGCAGCAAUUACGGCCUUGGGUGGACAGUGGCGCUCGGCCCUAACACGCGACGUUACACAUCUCUUUGCUCUCGCCCCCGGUAGUGCCAAGUACGAUACCGCAAUACACUUCAAGGAACAGACAGGAGUAUGUAUUCUUGUUCCUCACUGGUUUGACGAUACGGUGCGGCUGGGCAUUCGAGAUCUUCCAACAAGAAAUUACGAGUGGCCAGAACCGCGCGUCUUUCAGCAGCGCCCGGAGGGUCGUACGUCGCAGGAGGACGUGGAUUACGAACCCCCGCCAGAGCGGAUGAUGCUGUAUAGUACUUCAUCAAUGUCCAACGACGACCAACGUAAGGUCAAACCAGCCGCGCGGAACGUGUGGGAGGGCAAGCGUAUUCUCCUCGGGCUCUCCUUGGAUCUAUCGGACAACCAGCGGAAGGCACUGGGUGCAGACAUUCAACGGCAAGGAGGAGAAGUUGUCGAGUUGGCCCUUCCGAAGUCAACAAGCGGCACCGAACGCGCCCGAGAAGAGCUUGAGAAGCUAGAGGAUGCGGAUGUCUUUGUCACUCGGUACAGGACAGGUCCUGCAUACGCGAAGGCGUACAAGCGAAAGAUGACUAUUGGCACGCUCGCCUGGCUAUGGUACGUGCGCGCAUCUGGCACGCUCACAAGACCGGCCGAUCAACUUUUGCACUAUCCUAUCCCGGACAAACCUGCGGAAGGCUUCACGAACGAGGUCAUCACUGUUACAAACUACACCGGCAAGGAUCGAGAAUACCUGAAGAAACUCAUCACCCUGAUGGGCGGCGAGUUCACUGCAUCCAUGUCGGCCGAGCGUAAUACAGUCGUUGUGGCAGCAUACCUACAUGGAACGAAGACGGACAAGGCGACCUCUUGGUCAAUACCGAUCGUCAACCAUACCUGGAUCGAGGAUUGCUUCGUGCAGUGGCGUCGCCUAACGCCUGCGCGCGAAAAGUAUAUCGUCUUCCCACCGGGCGUGGAUUUCAGCACCGUACUCGCCGAGCGGGGUCUCGGCCGCAUCGCAUGGGAUCCUGCUCAGCUCGAGGAGAUGUUCCAUAUGGCCGAAGCAGCAACGGAUGGUCGUGCAUCCCCAACAUCCACCAAGCGUGUCAGCGCGAGCGCAAGUCCCAAGAAAGCGAGUCCACGCAAGACCAAGAAGGAUCGGCACAUCGAGCAGCCCGAAGACGAGCAGCCAUCGGGAACGGCAGUCAGCGCCGGCGAGGUCGAGGAGGCCGUGGCGUUCGACGAUGCCGAUGCCGACGUCAGCCUGGGUGGCCAGAUGGACGUCGACGCGGACUUCGAGCAGCUCGAGAACGACGUGGCCAGCCAAGAGCAGAUGGACAUCGACGAGGAAGCCGGCCCAAGCAAGCGACCUCCACUAAGCAAGAGAGGCCCUCCAUCUAAGCGCGCUGCGGUGGAGGAAGCCACUGCGGCAGAGAUUCCGUCAAAGCGGCGGCUUGUGCGACGCUUUACCCCACGCAAUACCGACGACGAGGGCAGCGCGGCUCCUGCGGGAGCUUCUUACCCGAAGCGCCCGGCGCGCACGUACGGGAGCGCAAAGGCCAAAGAGGGCGCUUUCACUGCCGACUCUCCGAGGUCGUCCCCAUCCCCAGUGAAGAAGCCCCAGAGCUCACGGAGGCGCGUCACCGACCUCGACGAGGAUGUGGAGAUGGACGAACUCGUCGAAGUGCAGGCCCCGUCCAAGAACAAGCCGAAGAAGAUAGGACCUCCCGGGAUACGCGUAACGAAGGUCAAACCAGCCGCCGCACCGCCGGAGCCCAAGAAACGCAGCGCGCUCGAUGAACUCCUCGAUGGCGACUCUGACUCAUCGGACGAGGAGGACGUGCGGUCUGUCCUGGGGGACCUCGUGAAGAACGGGAGGACGUCGCGGACGGGCGCCGCACGCAAUGCAGACUCGAAAUUAGGCCACACGCCGCAGCGGCUGGAUUCCGUCCUUGUACCGACUGUAGAAUCGCUAUACGGCUCACCGACGAAGAAGGGUGGAAAGGCAGAGGCGUUGGGUGCCGCGAAAGCCCCCGCAAAGACCGCCGCUCCCAAGGGGACACGAAAGGCGCCAGGCCCCAUGGACCCUCCCCCCAUUGCUGCGAAGAAGCCCACGCGCGCACCAUCCCCUAUCGAAUCCGAGCGGUCAGCAUCCCCCCCUCCUCGGAAGCCCGCGCGCAAAGCAAAGCCCGCUCCCGUAGAAGUGCCAGAGGCAGGCCCAAGCCUUGCGCCAUCGGACACGAGCCCCACGAAGACCGGGCGGACGCCGUCCCGACGCUCCGCCGCGACCAAAGCGACGCAGAAGCUGCACGACGUCAUCAUGCCGGACCUGGUAUCGUUCCAGAAGGAGAUGAAGAAUGGCACGGUGCGGUCGGCGCACGAGAUCGAGCAGUCCGCGGCGAAGGGCAAGGGGCGCGCAAGCGAGCCUGGGGCGGGCGCGGAGCUCAAGACGAAGGGGAAGAAGCGACCGUCUCUGGGAUCCGGGGACGAGGAAGCAGAAGAGGAGAUGCCGGAGAAGAAGAAGCGGAAGGCGAUCGACGCUGAUGCGCCAGCGACGAAAGGCAAGAAGAAGGGACCCGGUCCACGGAAGUCAGCGCCCGCGGAGACGUCGGCGGAGCCACAGAGCCAGGAGUCCGCGACGGGGAGUCGCAGGAAGUCGCUCGCGGCAGUCACGGACAACGAGCCUGCGCGCGCGGAGGCGAAGGGCGUGCGCGUGAUGACCACGCAGCUCUCGUUCCCGGACGAGGUUAUGCGGGCGUUGGGGCGGCUAGGCGUCAAGUUCGUGCAGAAGCCGUCGGAGUGUACGCAUCUGGUGGUGAAGAGCGUCGUGCGAACGGAGAAGUUCCUGUGUGCGAUGGCCACCGCGCCGUACAUACUGAACGAGAAGUGGGCUGUUAUCUCCGCUGCGUCACGGAAGCUGCUACCUGAGGAGGAUUACAUGAUCCAAGACCCAGAGACAGAGAAGAAGUAUGGGGUCAAUGUUUCCGACGCUCUGAAGCGCGCGAAGAAGAACGCAGGAAAACUCUUCGCCGGGAAGACGUUCUACGUGACACCCAAGGUACCGGUGGAGACCAAGCUACUCAAGAACGUCGUCGCGGCAAAUGGUGGACAGCUGCUGUCCUCCAAGACGCCGACGGUCCGUAUACUUAAUGGGCACGACAAUCACUUCGUCAUAUCCUGCCCGGCCGACGUCUCCAUCUGGCGGCCGCUCGCCGAGCAUGGACACCGGGUCUACACGCAGGAGUUGAUACUCACCAGUGCUCUCAGGCAGCAGUUCUCUCCAAACGAGACCGCGUUCCAAGUACCCGGCUCGUAUUGAUGUGUGGCAGAUAGCCGUAGCCAGAGGUCUUCUUGGGUAGUCGAAAGGAAUGUAUUAUUGGUUAUGUCUCUUAUCAUUUGCAAUCGGCCAUGUUCGUACAUCGUCGGACGUGACGCACACUCAUUAUCGUACAUGUGCAAGCUGUUGAAACGACACCAACUCCCUCAAAAGUGGCGACUGUGUACAGACUUACGAGCCAAGAGCCUCCGGGCUUACUCGCUUGGCCAAACGUCAAGUCCGACAACCUGUAAGGCAUGGUGACUGCCUUCAUUGCCUUCUACGUUUCCUAGGUCGCCCACUCUUUUCGUUUUGAGUUUCGUACGACUGCGAGGGGCCCGCCUGAUCUCUGCCGCUCCCAUCAUGUCCGUCGCUCCACCGUCCCCGCUCGUGUGUUUCCAUGCCAUAUCCAGCGCGAUGAACGGGAGUGUGGAGAAUCGAGCUCGACGCCGCGGACGCUUCUGAGGUACCUGACGACCUAGAAACGGUGGUCCGUACCGGUAUGAUUUUUCUGUGCUUGCUUCCGUCUCUCGCUUGCGCGGCGCGUGUCAGGGGCCGUUCCGUUCGCGACCUAGUGGAUGGCCUUAGGCGCAAGGAAGAAGGGGCCAGGCUCGAUGCACCUGACUCGUCCUCCGGACGGCUACGCUUCGCCGUCCUCUUCGGCGUUGACGUCUCCCCAACGUCUUGUCGGACAUCCC